UUCUUUUUCAUCAAUCAAUCAACUAAUCGACCAAACUUUGUUUCAGACAACGAUGACGGAAAAAAGUGAUCUCGGACUGACGAUCAUAGCAAUGAAAGGAAGCUCGCGAAGAUGGAACAGACUGGUGGCGUUCAACUUGGCAGGAUUCCUCAAAUGCCCUCUCAUCGACACUCACGACAUCCACCAAACCCUUAAAAAAUCCUCCUCCUCUCAAACCAACGAUCACAACAACAACAACCGCAUCACCGAAGAAUCUCUGGCCCUAGAUGUUGCAUACGGCGUCGCUUCGACUCAGCUCAGUUUGAAGAUCCCGAUCAUCAUCAACGGGCCCCACACACUGACCCCGUGGCGCCCACUCGCAGCUUCUUCCGGCGCUCGCCUCGUCGUCGUCGAAUGCCACCCGCCCGAAGACGAAGUCGAGCAACACCACCGCCACGGCGACUACGACGUCGUUGCCGAAGAUGACGACAGUACCUCAUUAGUCCACGUCGAUGCCGAGUCAUUCGACAGGAAGAAAGCUGAAGGUAUCGUGUCCAAGAUUCAAUUACUUUUACGUCAACAACAGAAGCACAACCCUCCUAUUAAAACGACCCCGCCCAGAAAGGCGGCGGCGGCGAAAGAAAAAGAAGAAGGAAAGCAGAGGAGGAGGAGGAGGAGCGACCACUUACACGAAUGGGUGGAGAAGCCACUGAACGACGACGUAAACGGUGCUUUUUGCAUAGCUUGCGACCACGAGGUCCACGACGACGUGCCGUUUUCGACGCCUUACUACAAGUGCGCCGAGUGCGACUUCGCGUUGCACAAACGCUGCGCCGAGAGACCGGACGACGCCGUCGACCUGGUCGCGAGGAGGUGCCCGCCGUAUCUGAAAGCAGUCCGGCCGCAGUACGACUUUCCUUCCAAGGUUCAGUGCGUAAACUGCCGCCGCGGUCACGAGGAGGAGGAGGAGCCCUCCGCCGUCGACGACUGCCACGAUUGCCUGACGAAGACGAACCUCGACCACAAUUUCUUGCCGACUGUGCUAAUGAAUGAUCACGUGCACGGUCACCGGCUGAGCCUGGUCAUCAUGCCGUUUGGGUACGAUUACAAGUACCUGUGCGGCCGCUGCGACGCACUUGGUUACUCCGUCGGAUACAAAUGUUACGACUGUGACGAACUGCCCAAUUUCCACGUGGCAUGUGCCCUGCUGUCACCUCCUCCUGUUCGUAUUCCUGUUCGUCCUCCUCGUUCUGUUCUUAGUCCUCGUCCUCGUCCUCUUCCUCGUCCUCGUCCUGUUCUUACUAGUCCUCUUCUUAUUUCUCCUCCUCCCUCGCCUCUUCCUCGUCCUCGUCCUGUUCUUAAUAGUCCUCUUAUUGUUUCUCCUCCUCCUUCGCCUCCUCGUCCUAUCCGUCCGUAUAAUGCCAGCCCGAAAGAGAAACCAGAAAAGCUUUUGGGAAGUGAUGGAGACGACGACGAGCUUCUAUGAGUGAAAGAAAUCUACUCCCUUCUGUUCACUGUGUCAUGAACCGUGCGUGGUCGAUGGUUCGACGUGGAUUCAUUUAACAAAAAAAAGGUAAUAAUUUAACAAAAAAAAAAAAGAGACUUAUUCUUGAUAUUACAUGUAUUGGCUCAAUACAUCGCUUGAAAUCCCAACAUCCAAGCGACCCCUUAGACCACACUUAACCCUUAGUUUAACCGUUAAACUCAUGUAGGAAAAUUCAAUUAGCCACAAAUUAAUACAGUUAGCCACUCAUAACGAUAAAUGCUUAGAUUUUGG